AUGCCUCCCGAUGGAAAUGCGAGAAACUCAGGGCCCAGUUUUGAACAACGUCAAAAAAAUUUGGACGAGCCGAUUACUAACUCAGUUGGCCCUUUUUUCAAACUUUUAGAAAUUUUUUUUUGUAGAAAUGGACAACUGUUUUUCCACAAAAUCUUUCGGACGAGGUCAGCUCGCAACGGUUCAUGGUUAGAGCAGUUUUUGUAGCGUUUUCCAGUGUUCUGCGUUAUCGAAAGAUCUUGCCAGAGCAUUGUUUCAGAUCAAUGUACAUAACAGGUUGAGAAUGUUUUUUUUUUCAAAAACUCAUUCCAAAAUUUAGAAAACGUAAAGGUGAAGUCCUUAGACUACAAAAAUUCGAUUGGAUGUACUGUGGCAUCUAAACUUCGGAGUGCGGGUGAAGCGAUAAAGGUAGUUUUACAGAAAUAUGCGUCUAUCGAAAUUUUCAUUGUUGUAUUUUCAAGUAUCAGAAAGAGCCAGUUCUGUAUGUUUAAUACUAGUUUGGCCGUGUUUGAAGCUAUUUCCGCGGAAUGUUGAAUAAUCUCUAACUCAAAAUUUAAUUAGCUUUUUCUUUCUCUGAAAAAAUGCAACCGUUGCUGGAAAGUUGUCCAACCUGGAAGUAUUUAAAUUUUUGAAAAGAAAAAAGUCGAAAAAAAAAGUGAUUAAAUAAAAUCAUUGUAUAAUCGUGAUUUCCCUGUACCAUUCCUAUAUAAUUGUUGAGGCCGGUUACCUGGACGAGUUGGCUUUGGUUGUCUAUUUAGACGAGAAAGACGAGGAUGACGCCGCUGAGGUCUUCACGUGGAAAAUGCAUUAUGACGAUGGAAUUCCAUAUGCAGAGCUGAGCAGGUUAAAAAUCCAGAAUUUCCUAAUAAUUUUGAAAUUGCUUAGUGGGAGUGACAGCGACAGUAGUCUAGUUCGUUUAGCCGCUGUGAAAUACGAAGGAUCGCAUAAAGUUCGUGAUCAAUUUGUAAUCAUGAUGCGCUCUAUUAUUUACUUAUGCGUCAAACUUCUGAAGCCUUUGCCAGAAACGGCGAGUGCGAAUUUUCGUAUCAAAUUUCGGGAUCGUAAGUAUUUGUAUAUCUCGAGUAAAUUACAAAAAUUCAAUCCAGACACGCCGAAAGAUUACAGUGUGAGUGAGUUUCAUGAUUCACAAACUUUCUACCGUCUUCCGCCGGAAAUACAAUCUGCAACGAUUGGAAACGUGCGCUCUGGCCUUCAUGGGUAAGAAAUAAGACCUUUCAAGCUCAUAAAAUUUGUUUUGAGUACGGUUUUGAACUGCACGAGCAUCUACCUUGAAGAUACACUUGAUGCCGAGCUCAAGUUGAAAAAAAUGACGGAAGAAUAUGCCGACAAUAUGGGAUUAUCACAGAGCGAAAUUCUCUACCAAUCUUUCACUUCCCACGAUGUUUCCGCUCGUGAAUCUCCUCCAGUGAGAAACUUUCUAAAACUUUUUGCAUUUUUGUUUUCAAGGCAGUAGAAGUCCCGCGAGCUGCAUCACGUCACGAAGAACCUGAAGCUGUUAGUUUCCGAGGACCUUCUCUUAUCGUGAAUUUUUCCAGAUGGAGGUGGACACGGAAGUCGUGGCCCUAGAAGAAAGUUCCCAUUCUGGAAGCACAAAAGAGAAAAAAACGCGUGGCAGACCAAAAGCCGCUCCUCGAACGAAGGCUCAGAAAAUUGAGAAGAAGAAAUCACCGAUGGUAUAUUUUAAAAUUUCUACUGAUAAAUUUUGAAAUGUCAGUUUCAGAAAGCCCCAGCGAAGCGUUUUGGACGUGUGCACACGCUGACUGGCUCAUCUCCGGAUAAAAGAUAA